CCGAGCCCAUGGCCGCUCCGAAGUUGGGCUUCGUCGUCCGGACGGGGCGGCUGUAGGUGGGGGGCUGGAGCCCCCCGGACGGAGCCCGCCGCCGCCGCCGCCGCCGCCGCUCUCCGCCGCCAUGGCCCAGCCCGACGGGGAGGCUCUGGCCGGCGCCCUGGAGAAAGAGGAGGCGCGCUCGGCCGCCAGCACCCCGUCCACGCCGUCCGUCUGCUCGCCGCCCUCCUCCGCCUCGUCCUCGCUGCCGCCGGGCGCCAAGAGCCUCUGCUCCAGCUGCGGCCUGGAGAUCGUGGACCGCUACCUGCUGAAGGUGAACAACCUGACCUGGCACGCGCGCUGCCUGGAGUGCUCCGUCUGCCGGACGCCGCUCCGCCAGCAGAGCAGCUGCUACGUCAAGAACCAGGAGAUCUUCUGCAAGGUGGACUACUUCAGUCGGUUUGGUACCAAAUGCGCUCGCUGCGGAAGGCAGAUCUACGCCAGCGACUGGGUGCGGAGGGCUCGGGGCAAUGCCUACCAUCUGGCCUGCUUCGCCUGCUUCUCUUGCAAGAGGCAGCUGUCCACCGGGGAAGAGUUUGGCCUGGUGGAGGAGAAGGUGCUAUGUCGGAUUCACUACGACACCAUGGUGGAGAACCUCAAGCGCGCAGCAGAGAACGGGAAUGGCAUCACUUUAGAAGGGGCAGUCCCCUCCGAGCAAGACAGCCAGCCCAAGCCGGCCAAGCGAGCCCGGACUUCCUUUACAGCAGAGCAGCUGCAGGUCAUGCAAGCCCAAUUCGCUCAGGAUAACAAUCCAGACGCUCAGACGCUGCAGAAGCUGGCAGACAUGACCGGGCUCAGCAGGAGAGUUAUUCAGGUUUGGUUUCAGAAUUGCAGAGCGCGGCACAAAAAACACACCCCUCAGCACACGGUGCCUCCCUCGGGGGGCUCCCAAUCCCGCCUCCCUUCCGUGCUGCCGGAAGACCUCCACUACUCCCCGUUCAGCGGUCCUGAGCGGGCCAGGAUGGUGACCCUCCACAGCUACAUAGAGAGUCAAGUCCAGUGUGGACAAAUGCACUGCCGCCUGCCCUACGGAGCCCCCCCUGUGCACCUCAAAGCCGACAUGGAAGGAGCCCUCUCCAGUAGAGGGGAGAAGGUGAUCUUGUUCCAGUAUUGACUGCUCCUUUUCCUCAAUUCCCGGGACUUGUGAUGCCACUGCUGCUUUGAAUCAUCCCUGGCCACCAAGGGACCCCCUCAAGGUCUUCUCAGCCUUGGCUUCUGGAUCUUGGUUGCCGUGGCUGUGGCCACCAGCCACUGAGCGUUGCCCAAUGGCCUUCUUCCUCUGGUGGACUUGUUGACCGGUGAAGAUUCUGGGCGGGGCCUUCUCUGGACGACUGAAGCAAAGGGACUUGCUGUGGAUGUAUCUUGUCUUCUGCUGCAAGUUUAACCGACGUAAGGACAGACAUUGUGCCACCUGGGCUGAGCGCGUUCAUUCAGACAUGGAACGUGGUUGACCUCCAACCUAAGAAUCAAGUCUACAAGUUAGUCUCAACGCUCAGCCGUUCGAUGGAAACAUGGAUGGAAGGUGGGAACUUUCUCCAUUUCAACAGAGAAGACCACGGAUCUUGUUCUGUUGAUUCCUUUUCAACUCUAGAGGCUUUUGAUUUUUCCCCGCAAACAUCGUCGGUCUGGUUGUUUUGGGACUGGCAGCCUCAAACCAGAGGCUGGAAACCUGCCCCGCGAGUUGACCUUCCCAGUGCUCCUCAAACUCUUACGGAUGCUUCUAAUCUCAUCACCCAACAGCCGGUGGGAAGACGUCUCCCUCCCUAAAUCUUGGGAGCAAAAAUCCAAUGAACUGGGGCUUCAACCUUUGCACAGAGCUGAGAAAAAAUGUUUUUUUAAACCCCUCUAGUGGCGACAUCACAACUUUAAAAAGGAACUUGGGGUUGAUGGAAAAGGUGGGACUUUGUGCUGCCGGGACUGUAGUGAAACUGGAACUUCUCUCUCUCUCUUUCCCUCUUAUUUAAUGGCGUUUGGCAUCCUCAGGCCGUGCUGGACGGAGCAGCUGAGCAAAAGCACUUGGCCUUUGGCCUUCUCCUGCUAUGGAGCCCCUGAUCUUCUUCGCAGCCUCAAGCUUCGUCUUGCUAGGCUGGGCAGCUGCUAGGUUAACUGGCCCGUGAAUUGUCUUUUGGACAGGAAGGCCCUGAUGGGAGAGGCAUUGCCCCGAUUGGGGCAGCCCCAGGCCUGGGCCAGGGACACCCCCUCCCCAACCAACCUCAUGGCUUUUUGCUGGCUGGAAUGGCAGAGAUCUGCUCCCUUUUCUCCCAGGACUUCCUACCCAAAGACACAGGCACUGUUCUCCCUCCUUCCCUCCCACCCCCUGGAGAACUCCCCAUCUAGGCAGAUCCCCACCGCUCACUUCUCCCUGGGCUACGAUGGCACUGAUGAUGUUCCCUAGUUGGGUCACGAAACGUCUGCAAGAAAACCACCAAGGACCCCCCCAAUUCAACCCUGAGCUACAGAUGUUAUUGGUAUGAUGGCCCAUUUCCAAGAGUUCUGUCGCUUCGUGGUCCUUCCGUGCUGCUUGGAUGGCCCUUCAACAGAGAGCCCAGCACGUCCUGCUCCCGAGAAUUCACCCGCAGAGCUUGACCGGAAGGAGGAAGCUUCUUGGUGGCCCUGGGUGGCCGAGGCAGCUGAGUGCAGGAAAGGCGGCCGUUGCGGAGUGACCCUUGAACUUCCUGACUCAGACGUCCUGCUGAAUUGCGGAGGGGACAGAGGUCACCCUCCCUGGUGGCUGUGUCCGUUGUGCGUUUGGGUUACAACUGCCUUUUUUUCCAAAGGGACGGCAACUGCUUUGGGUGUGUGUCAAGCGGUGGCUUUGAGGGAGCUGCUCUUUCAGCCCCUCCACACCAUCAGGAGGAAGAGGAGAAGCUGGGAC